AUGGCACCUCCUUCUUCAGGCAGUUACAAGAUCCAGAAUUUUCUGCAUAAAGACAGGUUUGUUCACAUGAAACAAGACCAUACUGUUGUUGGCUCGGAUCACGGUGAUACCAUCGAGGUCUCUGUCAAAAACGAAGUUUUGGGCCUCGUAACUCUUCAUGAUAAAGCAAGGAACAAGUAUCUUGUCAUCGAUGAAAAGAAUGGUGAUGUCGUAGGCAGCUCCGAGCCUCAGGAGCUACAGCUCUCCACCGAGAGUGGCCAGCCUAAUGAUAGGAACUAUCUAAUCCAUAUCAUGAACGUCAACGAAGUGUGGAUCCUCAAUGGAGACAAAGACAAUACUCCGAUCGUUGUUGCUCCGGCUCCUCCCCCGAACGUUGUGGACUUCGAGAAGAAGUUCUGGAAGUUUGAGGAGGCUUAA